CCUUUUUUUUGUUUUUUUUGCACGCGUAUCACGAGACAUCAACGUCCUUUGUCGCCCAUUGUGCCGUAGGUCCGUAAACCGCAUCGGAUUUUUCUAAUUUCAACAUACACAUUGAUCCAUGGCUCAACCCCGCCAGCCCUACAACAGCCAAGGCUACAUGCCCAACGGGGCUCCCGGCGGUCACCCUAACCUCCAACCAGCUCCUGGUGCCACGCCCCUCCUGCCGAACCAAGGACGAGUCCUCCAAACCGGCCCGAUUCGCGUGCUGUGCAUAGCAGAUGUACGAGGCAACCUCCGGUCUCUGAACGAUCUCGCGAAGCAAGCACGGGCCGACCACAUCAUCCACACUGGUGACUUCGGCUUCUACGAUGACACCUCGCUGGAGCGAAUUGCCGAGAAGACUUUGAAGCAUGUCGCUCAGUACUCGCCACUAAUCCCCGAGCAUGUCAAAAAGGCAAUCAGCCAGGGCGGCCCUGGACCCGUCAAACAGCGCUUCCCGCCGCACGAGCUGCCUCUUUCCGAACUGUCGAUGCUGAUCAGCGGCCAAGUCAAGCUCGACGUGCCUGUCUACACAGUCUGGGGCGCUUGCGAGGACGUGCGCGUUCUGGAGAAGUUCCGAUCUGGCGAGUACAAAGUACCCAACCUUCACAUCAUCGACGAAGCGCGAUCUAUGCUGUUGGAGAUUGGAGGCGUCAAGCUCCGGCUGCUUGGCCUUGGUGGGGCGGUAGUCAUGCACAAGCUCUUCGACAACGGCGAGGGACGAACCACCAUUGCUGGCGGACAAGGAACUAUGUGGACUACGUUGCUCCAGAUGGGCGAGUUGGUAGAUACUGCUAACCGCGUCUAUGAUCCCACCGAGACGAGAGUGUUCAUCACCCAUGCCUCCCCUGCCCGCGAGGGUAUUCUCAACCAACUGUCCGUCAGCCUCAAGGCAGAUUUCUCCGUUUCAGCCGGUCUCCACUUCAGAUAUGGAAGCUCCUACAACGAGUUCAGUGUCAACCCGACCCUGGAUCACUACCGAGGCAAGCUCGCUGCCUCCAAGGCCUCUUUCAGCGACGUCUGGGAGACGGUCAAGAACGAGGUUGAGCCCGCGAUCCAACAGAACGAAGCUCAACAGAACUUGCUUAAGAAUGCGCUUGGUCUUGUUGAGAAGAUGCCGACGACCGCUGCUGGUGGCAAUCCCUUUGGUGGUCCUGUUGGUGGUGGUCCCGCCGCCCUUGGGCAGGUCGACGAGAGCGCGUUCAAGAACAUGUGGAAUUUCAAUCUGGCUGAUGCUGCCUUUGGCUGGUUGGUGCUGGAGAUCCAAGACGGUCGCAUUGGCACGGAAAUGCGAGCCCAAGGCUUCAACUUUUCCCAUCGAGGCGCUAAGCAGCAACCCAAUGCCCCUGCGACAAACUCUCCUUCUCCAGCACCUGUGGCGAGCGGAAUGUCUGCCGUAGCCCCGUCUGCACCUUCAGGACCUCCGCCGCCCUCAGGACCGCAGCGCAACCCAUCUGCAGCACAACCCAAACCUGUAGUAGCAGCAGCGACUCCUCUCCAGCCCAAGCCUGCCACACCCAAGCCCGUGGCCUCGUCUCCAGCUCCUGCUGCUUCGGCAAGCAAGGAGAACGAGAAGCCCGCAGGCCCCGCAGGUACGAACGGCACAGCCAGCGGGCCCGAGUCUGCGCCCUCGCCUGCGCCCCGUGCAGCGGCUGAUACUGUCGGCCUCUUCAUCAUGAACGUCCAGUCUGACGAACAAGCUCGGGACAUAUUCCCCGAGGAGCACAGAUCUAAGAUCACCAAGAUCGACAAGUGGGGCGCUGCCUCCAACAACAAGGUUGCCCACUUCCCGACCACCGACGACCGAGAUGCUGCCCUUGCCAGCCUGUCUGAUGAGUUCAAAGUUCGUCAUGCAGAGGACAGAACCCGACCGCUAGUAAAGGUGUUUGCACCGCGCGAGAGCAAGCCUUAUGCACCCAGAGGUGGUGCAGGAAACUGGGGCAGCAGCAGAGGAAGCUCCAAUGCUAACACGAGCGGUUACCGGAGCGCCACUGAUCGAGGAACCAUUAGCGGUGGUGAAAGUGGACCUGAGUCUGGCCGACAGCGAGGCGGACGGGGGCCGCGAGGUGGCAGAGGCGACCGUGGUGGCCGUGGUAGUGUUAGAGGGGGUGGCCGUGGCGGUCUGACAAAGGGCGAGGGUGGUAGCGCUUCACCAGCUCCAGCUUCCGCUACCCCGGCAGACUCGUAAGUCGUUGCCCUAAGAGGGUAUGGACUGAGUUCCGCCUGAGCCGUGUUCUACUAUUCCAAACACCCCCAACAACCCCCCGCCCCCCCCCCCGUCCCGCACCUUACA